CACACACAUAUAAUUAAAAUUAUAAUUUUAGAAAAACUCCAACUCUGUUUCAUAAACUGUCUAUCCCCGUAAUUCUUCUUGGCAUCAAAGCUAUGAAUCUUGGUUUGGCCUGAGUCAAAGGUCCCUGAAAAUCUAGAGAAAUGAGUUUCAGCCUGUAAGUUGUGACUUCUUUGGCAGGAGGGGAUUGAAUGUCCAUAUCACAGGGGUCACAUAUCAGACAUCCUGCAUAGCAAUAUUUACAUUCUGAUUCAGAGCAAUAGCAAUACUACAGUAGUAAUGAAAUAAAUUUAUCAUUGGCUGUCACCGCAGUAUGAUGAGCUGUCUUAAUGGGGGACAGCAUUAAGAAGAUUGAGAACCACUGAUCUAGAGUCAUUUCUUGGACUGGUGAAGGUGGCAGUGGGAUGUGUCCUUCUGUCCCCACACCACCAAUCAAACAUUUCCAUAUCAGAAACUGUCAUUUGAGACAGCCUGAAUGACUCAUAAUUGCCUCCAGAAAAAAAGAUCUCUUAUUCCCGGAGAGGAGAGAAAUGUGUUCAUUGACUGUGGACAGUGUGUCUCCAGCUCUCUCCAUUCUGACUCUUGUCUCCCAUACAUUCAGUCUCUGGAUCUUUAGCACACAGAAUCCUCUGACCUGGCUCUGGUGCCUGCUUCUUUAAUGAUUUCCUCAAACUUCAUAGCUGCAGCAAUAUGGGGCUCACCACUCCAAAGGAUCACCGCCCUUUGUCUAAAAGCCAAGGCAUGAAGUUUGCUGACGACACAGACGGAGUGGAACCGCCCCAAGCAUAAAUGGCAUUUCUUCCCUCUCAACGUUUUCAGUUUCUUGUUGUAGCUGAAACUCAGCCUGUCAGCUCUGAGAUGAGUGCUGCAGAGCCUGCAGAGGCUUUUCUGGGCAUGCUCAGUACCACAGACAGACUGCAGGAAGGCGAGAUCGAUAAAAAGCUCCAAGGAAAAUGUCUCAAAAUUGUCUGCCCCCUGUCUCCUGCUGGGCUUUACUGCUGCUAUACAGUGAUCAUUGUCCUCAUUGGAGCUGUGAUUGCACUUUCUGUUGCAUUGUCGUCAGUAAAAAAGCCAGAACAGGUCGCAAUCAAAAAUACAUAUGCUGUUUGCCCAAGAAACUGGAUUGGAUUUGGGAGUAAAUGUUUUUAUUUUUCUGAAGACACAAGCAACUGGACAUUCAGUUGGAACUUCUGCAUGAAACUAAAGGCACAGUUAGCUAAAUUUGACAACAUGGAGGAACUGAAUUUCCUGAAGAGAUACAAAGGGACCUUUGACUACUGGAUUGGCCUGCAUAAAGAGUCAUUACAGCACCCUUGGAGGUGGAUGGACAACACAGAAUAUAACAGCUCAGUUCCCAUCCGAGGAGCUGAAGAAUAUGCCUACCUGAACAACAACGGGAUCAGCAGUGCCAGGAUCUAUGCAGACAGGAGAUGGAUCUGUAGCAAGCCCAACAACUAUAUCCUGGAAUGCCAAAUUCCUUUUGCUUCUUUCUAGUCUUUGUCAAGAGAUGCUUUGCAACCUAAUAUCUACAGUUGCUGCUCUAUCCCCUGUUUAACAAUAUUGUUAUAAAAAAAGUUGACUGACAACUGGGUCACAGGAGCAUCCAGGCAUCAUGCAGUCUCCCUGAUGACAAUAGGUUCAAGAGCGCUCCUGGGACAGCAAGUAUUUGGCAAGAGGUGGUAUGUGUUCUACAGGAUCAAACAUUCAGCCAAGACUUAAAUCUUCACAUAAACAUAGACAAGCAUGUCCAUCUAAAAAAAAGAAUUGAGAAUAUUUCUUUACAUCCAAAUGAGAAACAUAUUGAAGAACUGCACAACCAAGGGUUUAGAAGAACAUAGAUUAGAUUGAAAUACUUGUUGGCACUAAUACCUUAAGCCAAAAGUACAAAUAAUGUUAGUGAACUACUUUUAUGAAAUGAAGUUUUUGUUCAGAUAGCCCUCCUUUUAAAUUUAUUGCAAUUGCCCUUGGACUUUAAUAAUUAAAAAACAGUUGGACAGUGAUGAUACAUACCUUUAACCCCAGCACUCAGGAGGCAGAGGCAGUUGGAUCUCUGUGAGUUUGAGACCAGCCUGGUCUACAGAGCUGUUCUAAGAGAGAUAGGGCUGUUAUCCAGAGAAAUUCUGUAUCAAAAACCAAAACAAAAAAAUAAAAAAAAAGAAGAAGGAAAGAAAAGCAGCAGGGAAUAGUGUCAAAAGUCUUUAAUUCCAGCUCUCAGGAGUCAUAAGCAGGUGAAUCUCUGUGAGUUCGAAGCCAGCUUGGUCUACAAAUUAAGUUCUAGGACAGCCAAAACUACACUUAGGUAUCCUGUUUCAGAGGAUAAAAAGAAAAAGAAGAAAUGAAAAGCAGAAGGGCUUGUGUUUUUAGAAAAUUACUUGUGUUUUCCGAAAAGUAAAAGCAUGUACUCCCAAAUCCAAUCCAGUUACUUAGGCAAACAGAAUGGGUAUUUUUGAUUGGGACCUAUAAUUAAUUACACCUGUAACUCCAGGUACUUGAGGGUUGAAACAGGAGGGUUACACAUGGGGUCUGAAGGUAUGAGAAUACUAAUGAUAAGGAAGAUGAGAAUCCAUUUGACCAUCCUGUAAUUUGGGGACACACACUAAAUAUUCUUUUCAAAAGUCAUUCCAACAUGCCAAAGAAUUUAAAAAGUAUUUAACACUAAGAUUUACUUCAUACUUUCCAAUUUAAAACAUUAAGGACAUUGUCAAAUUGUUCCUCUUUUUUAGUUUUCAAUGUUUCUGUUUCCAAUUAUUCUCUUCUAAGUAUGUCUUAAAAACAAAUGCCAUUUUGUUUAAUGGUUUGCUUGGAUUUAUGUCACAUCAAAGGGGAGUUACACUCCUCAGGCAUUCAAGACUUAAUCUCUCAGUAGUGUGUGUACUAUUGGCUCCUAAAAUCAAGGUAUUUAAAAUCUUUGUAGAGCAGCUACACUGUACUGAUGAGUCCC